CUUGUAUCUGCUCAUAAGUCUCUGAAACUGACCAUUUAAAAAGGCUGUCUUUUUUCAUCUUCAAACGUGUUUAAAAAUAUUACAAAUGGCUUGAACCUUUUCCCGAAAGUUUAAAUUAUUGAAUAGAAUAGUUGAACGCCAGAGGCUAAAUCUAGUAAUAAUAUGGAAGUCAUAGGGACCCUAUAUGGUUAGUAGCGGUCUACGCGACAUAGGGAGACGAUAAUUCUCGGGAUUCCCUUAUUUCACUUCCCACUGUGUGCAGUCGAUUCUCCGCGCACUUCGCGACCGUUAAUAAGCGCAAAAAUUUAUUAACAAUCCUCCAACCGCCUUACACUCCUAACCUGUUCACAAAAUUAGUGGGGAACGUGACUUCUGAUUAUUGGAAAUAGUGAAGGAUGAACGAGGCAUCGAAAUCCGACGACGGGGAUGUUAAAGUGGAAAAACCAACGAACAAUUAUGAAAGCCAAGAGACUAGGCGUGGAGUCCCUUUGAGAGCCUGCAGAAAUUGUGGUGGAGUAUGGAAAUUCAUUCAUUAUUGUCCAGCUGAAGAGAAAACCUGCAUUGGAUGUGGAAAAGUCGGCCAUUACGCCAAAAUGUGUCGGUCCUCAAACCAAAAUGACAAGAACAGUAAUAAUUCUCAUUACGAUCACAGAAAUCCGAAAAAAAAUUAUCAGAAGAACAGGAAAGCUUGUCGGGCUGAUAAUAGAUCUGCUGGAACGAGUGAUUCUGAGUUCAAGGGGCCUUCGAGGACUGGCCCAUGGGCCCAGGGCCCCAGGACUCACCACAAUCGGAAUCGCAAUCACCAGGACAACAGAGGGAAUGAUAAGCCGAGGAACGGAACGUCCUCUGGACCACCUCCAGAAGGUGAGAAGUCUGGGGAUCACCAGCACUGGCGAAAUUCUAAUCAUCAGCAUCGCGGUAACUCCAGACACUUUGGAUAUCGUGGGUCGAACUAUCGGGGACAGGGGAGGAGAACAUUUCAGGGACCGAGACCGGAAAGAUCAAAAAAUUGUGGUGAUAACACGGAUUGUGAUAAUGAUGAUAACAAAUCGCGGGAGAAUCCCAGGGAUGAGUCACCCGGAGAAUCGGAAGGUGCCACAAAAUUUGAUGGAUCGAGUGAUAGAGGAAAAAAUCAUUCGGAAAAUUGCGAAGAUGAGAAAAAUGAGGAGUCUCAGGAACGUGGGGAACGGUCUAAGGAUGAAGUUGGAGAAGAGAACAGCAGCUCGACGGAAGGUGAUGCCGAUAACUGUCAGAACGUGGGUGAACGGUCUGGGAAGGAUUCGAGAUACGCGCACACGAGUGUCGGUCAGUCUCGGUACGAUCCCAGGAGGGAGACUUCCAAGCCAGCAAAUUUUUCUAAUGAGAAUAAUCAACCGAAGGCCGAUGGUAAUAGAAAUCAAACGACGUCGGACAAGACCAUUGAACUGAACCGGAAGUUGGCGAAACUUCAAUAUGAAAGUGGAAACUACGAAUGUGCUCUAUCAUCUUAUUCCAAACUUAUCGAAUUGUGCCCCACUGAUCCAAUCAACUUCAAUAAUCGUAGUGCUUGCUACAUAAAGUUGCAGCAGUUCAAUCCUGGUUACCUCGAUGCACAAAAAGUUAUUCAAAGGGAUCCUUCAUCUGUCAAGGCAUACACACAGCUGAUUACGUGUUCUAUGGCUCUGGGUACCCGGAUGUCUGCCAAAAUCCAUCUACACCAAUUAUCGGAAAUCAAUCCAAAUCUUGACAUCAUAUCUACCGAACGUACCAGACUGAACGAACUAAACAGACAUUUGCAGAAGGAGGCGAUCGCCAUCACAAAGAAAGAUUAUAAAAUGGCCCUGAAUAGUAUCAAUGACUGUCUGGGCAUCAGUCCCUUUUGCUCGUCCUUCAAAGUAAAAAAGGCGGAAUAUUUGGCAUUGCUCAAUCGUCACGAAGAAGCUAAAAAGAUACUCGACGAGAUACUGCAGCAGGAUUCCAUCAAUGUUGAUGCACAAUACAUUCUUGGACUUCGGAUAUAUUAUACUAAUCUCGAGGAAGCUGUGGCCUACUUCAAAAAGGUUCUCCAACUUGAUCCGGAUCACACAAAAUCUCAUAAAAUCGUUAAGGCAAUCAAACUAUACAGGUCCCUGCUAUCAACAGGAAACGCACAAUUGAAAUGCAGCAAUUUUGAAGGCGCCCAUGUUGCCUACGUAUCAGCCCUCUCAAUAGAUCCUAACAAUCCACGCAUGCAAAGGAAGCUGUUCUACAGGAUGGGCGGGGCAUCCUUUAUGCUCAUGAAUUAUGACAGAGCUAUUAAGGAAUACUCACAGGCCAUAGAUAUCGAUUCAACGUGCGUGCUAUAUCUGCAACAAAGAGGACAUUGUUACAUGGAAAUGAAAGAAUAUGAAGAAGCUAUUGCUGAUUUUUCCAGGGUCUGUAAUCUGGACCCUGGAAAUGAGUGUAACAAAUUCAUCCUGGAGGCUGAGAGGUUGUUGGCACAGGUGAAGAAGGAUCCAUAUAAGCUUUUGGGAGUGAGUAUGGAUCCAUCGCUUGAAGAGAUUAGACAAGCGUACAGGGCGAAAGCGAUGAUACACCAUCCUGAUCGCCAUGUGAAUGACACUGAACAGCAGCAGAAAAAACACGAGAGGAUAUUUAAAGAUAUUUUAAACGCUUAUAAAAAGCUGGAAGCCUCGUGCAAAAGGACAUUGAUAUAAUAUAUCGUAUAUAAUAUAUAAUGUGUGAUAUACAAUAUAUAGUAUAUGGAGAAUUUUGAUGGAAAACUUUGGAAAUUGGAGAUCUGAGCACUUGGUCGAGUGAUAGUCGAUGACGGUUCGAUUGCUCGAUGAUUCUUAUUCGAUGAAUAAGAAUCGAUAGUCGAUGGCGAUUCGAUUGUCUGACGAUUGAUAAAUCAUGAUUAAUGAAAUAUCUCCAAAAUUGGAGUUUCUAUUCCCUGGAAAAAUGUCGAAAAUUUUUUAACCGAAAUUUUUGGGAAAAUUAAACGAUAAGAUGUGCAGCAGAGGUUGAAGAUUCCCGGAGAAGGUGUCGUGAUGGCCAAGAAGGACUGGAGGGCCUUAGGCCCUGGCACCGGGCCCAGCCACCAGCUACGAGGAGGGUCAAGUCCUCCUCCCCACUAUUGAAAGAAAAUUAAGCUAAAUGAAAGCAUCAAAAACGGCUUAAUCAUUAUGGAAACUAAGAGAAGAGAAUUUUAUAAAAAUUUCAAACGAACGAGUGAAGACAAUUUUAUUUGUUAUAUUUUUCUUUUUAUGACAAAAAUAUUUUUUUAAUGUGAGGAUAAUCAUUUUCUAAGAAAUUAUUGUUAAGUUAGCACGUAAUUUAUCUGUGGCGUGUAUUCGUAUAGUUGUAAUACAUAUACUAAUGUGAAAAAACAUUGAAUUUACAAGUUUUUGCAGAUUUUUUGAAUAAAGAAAUUAAAAAAA